CCCUCGUCUGGCAAGCUGUCACUAUCGCGAGGCUUUUUGUAGGGAUAAAAGUAUCCUAAAUUUGGGGAGAUUUCUUGAAAAAUGUUCCGUAACAAGUAAAUACAACUGCUACAGCUACGGAAUAAUGAAAGUGAUUCCCGUUUAACACAACAAACCGUAAACGGCAUUCGAAUGGCACUGUGAAUAGAUUGCGACUUGGUGGAGAAGCUUGGCAAAUCCGUGGCCCAGGAACUAAUUGCAAUUAGAUGUUAAUUAAUGUAAUGCUUCACCUGGAACCAUCCGAAAUCUGUAUGCAAAAUGCGAAUGAAGGGUAUCACACUAUCGGCUAUACUGGAGCAAGGAGCGACACGGCGCCGUAAAUCACCUCCCAAAGAAGAAUGUCCGAAAAAGCAAAAACGUGACUCUUGGCGAAAGAUAGCGGCAGUAUUAAACAAGUGCGAAAGCAAACGUACCCAUGACGAGGUACGACUGUUGGAGAGUGAGCCGGAAGUGGUAAAACAAAUUCUCGAGCGCCGCAAACGCAAUGUAGAGUACAAGGAGCGCGUACUGGAAACGGAGGAUGAGCCGGAAAUUAUCGAAAAAAAGGCGCUGAAGCUAGCCCAAGCGAUUGCCAAAGCGAAUCAUCUGAUCGUAUAUACUGGGGCGGGAAUAAGUACGUCCGCUAAAAUACCAGACUAUCGUGGCAGCCAAGGAAUAUGGACGCUGCUCGAGCAGGGCAAAGACAUAGGAGAGUACGAUUUGUCUCUGGCCGACCCCACCUUCACCCAUAUGGCGCUCUUUGAAUUGCACCGACGGGGCAUUCUAAAGCACGUACUGUCACAAAACUGCGACGGUUUGCAUCUCCGUUCGGGGUUGCCUCGCUUUUCCCUCUCGGAGGUGCACGGAAAUAUGUACGUGGAGGUGUGCAAGCAGUGCAAACCGAACGCCGAAUACUGGAGACUUUUCGACACGACCCAGUUCACCGCACGGCACUACCACAAGACGAAUCGUAGAUGCCGACGCUGCGGUGGGCCCCUGAUCGACACGAUCGUGCAUUUUGGCGAGCGCGGCCAGCUAAAGUGGCCCCUGAACUGGGCCGGCGUUACACCCCACACAGAGAAGACUGAUUUAAUCCUGUGCAUUGGCUCGAGCCUAAAGGUGCUUCGGAAGUAUACGUGGUUGUGGGCCACAGAUCGGCCCAUCAAAAAGCGGCCUAAGAUCUUUAUAAUCAACCUCCAGUGGACGCCGAAGGACAAGGUAUCGACGCUGAAAAUUAACGGUAAAUGCGAUCAGGUGAUGAUGCUGGUUAUGAAGCACCUCAACAUAGAUGUGCCGGUGUACAACCGUCUGAAGGAUCCAAUAUUUGCUCACGCAACUUUGCUGCUGGCCGACGAACAGCACACUGCUUCACAGCCAAUGCUGAAGAAAAGCACUGCCACCACCAAAGAAGAAAACACGGAGGAAUCAGCGAGCAGCGAGCGAGAGAGCGAAACUAAACCAGAAACGAACCUUUCUGCUGGUACAUGCGCAUCUGCACAGCAAAUAUACCUAAACAACUUAAUCCUUGCUCAACAGCAGAAAAUUAGUACCAAUUACAAUAUACUGCUAAGCACGGCGGGUCGUUCAGAAUCGCGGGGAUCCCUCGGGCCCGGCCAUUUACCUCCCCUGGUACCCUGCUUGACGACAUCUAGCGGUGCAGAUCAAACGAAAAGCGAACCGAACAACAAUCCGACCACAAGCAGUGAAUCUAAAUCACCUCCAUCUUCUCCUCCUGCGAACGUGAUAAAAAUCGACACCGCAUCGAAUCUGUUCGGAAAUCUACGACACGUACUGACAACCAUGAGCUCUGUAGGAUGUUCUGGCCUCUUGGACAGUAAACCACGGCCAGUCGAUGAAGCUAAGAGUGCGGAAAAACUAGUACAAGUUCCCGUGCCACUAUUGCUACAGCCAGGUGUAACAUUAGUUCAGCAACAAGUAAAGGCAGAAAGCAAGAAUAUUCCUGAAAAGAGUGCUUCAAACUCAGGUGUUCUCAACAAGUUGCCAUUGUGUAAUAACAUACAACUUAUCGUGAAGCCGGUAGUUGUAACCAAUCCGCCGCCUGGUUUGGUGCCACUAAACCAACACCGUCCUGAAAAUGUAAACCCAUCAUCAAGUUUCGUGUCCUCUGGUACUGCAGUAAAUGAAGCAGAAUCAAAGGUAAAUAGUGUACCAAAAGUGGAACCUAUAGAAGAAACAUCAGUAGGAUGCAAAACUGUGCCAGAAAAGCAUUUGCAGGAGUGUGUCAUCGAACACGAUGAAAUAGGAAUAAAAAUGAAAACAGAAGGAAAUAAAAAUGAAAACAUAGCUGUGACGGCUCCGGAACCCAUUAAAAUCAAACUGGAAUGCACCCAGGAGAAUGGCAUGAGAGAAGAAAUUCCUGCAAUGGAAGAAGGUAUGGAUAAACCGACAUGCGUUAAAGAUGAAUGUCUUGUGGAUACAGCGAUUUCAACCACAUCAGUACCAAACGUGUGCGUAGAUGGACACGAGAAAGUAAAUUCUUUCGGAAGGCAUAUCCUUGGAACCAAACAAGAGGACAGCACUGAAAUAGAACCGAAGAUAGAAGUGAACAAAAGUUCAGAAAACACUCUUGACUCGAAACCGGAAAGGGGUGGAAAUUCACAGGAAACUGUAACUGCUUCAUGUACAGAAUCUGCAAUGGAACUAGCCGAUAAUAUUAACGAAUUAAAAUGCAGAAAGCAUGAAGAAAAUGUCGUCUCUUUCCCCGAUAUUAUCGAAUGCAUUACGAUUGAUUCAUCAUCUUCAGAGAGUAAUUCUGGGGAGAACCAAGAGAUAGACUUUGACGCAGAUAUCCCAUGCUUUGCCGUUGGCACUUCUACUGUAGGUUCGGAAUCAGGCACAACACUUGCAACGGUUAUGAAUGAACGGUCAGAUGAUAAAGAGCAUACCGAACAACUCGGUGAUAAAGAAACCAAGCAUGAGGAAGAAGAACGUGGGGAAGAUGACAAAAUGGUAAAAAAAGAACUGUUACCGACACCGCAUUCAGAUAAUACAAAAGAAGGUGAAAAGUCAAAGAAAGAGUCAUGUAUUGGAUCAGAUGUACAACCAGUAGGCACUUUAUCGAUGUCUGUGGAGAAUGAUAGCUUCGUUGGAAAUGAAAAUAUGGCUUCAAAUUCCGGAGCAAUUUCCGAUGCUAUCGUCGCAUGUGAGUUAGAUGAACUGAGACACAGUGCUACAACAAACCUGGAAAGUGAAAGUAAAUCAUCAUUUAGCAGGAGUUUCCCGGAAUAUGAACACGCAAAAGAAGCAAUUAGUAGGACAGAAGUUAGUCCUUCGCAUUCACCGAAAAAGAAUGAAGACCAGAUCGAUUGUCGGACUGACGGCAAUUCACUAAAGGAACAUCUAAGAAUAUUAAGCAAAGAGACUGGUGCCCCAAAUUACAGCCAAGAAUUGGAUGAACCAGUGUCUCGUUCUGGUAAGGAGUCCUCAAAACAAGCUGAGUUUCCAAACGAUCCAACACCAGAUACUUCUGAAGAUUCCAAAGCAAGCAACACAAAGGAUUCUUUGAGUGAAACAACAAACUCGCCAGAUGAGGAUGUCAUAAGCAGCCAAGAGCAUGAUGUGGCCCUGAAUGCAGAAAAUGUUAUUGAUUGUGAGUCGUAUGAGCCAUCCAAAAUUGUUGAAGAAGUGACCAAAACUGGCCCACACACAGAGACAGUAGUAGAAGAUUUAUCGGUUGGUGAAUUAUCUGCUAAAGGCAAUUCGAAUUGCAAAGCUGAGGAAAUGCCGUCACGCCAUGAACAAAAUCAUUGCACAACUGUCAACCAUUCAGAUCAGUUGGAAGUGUCGAAGUUGUGUGAUGUUUCGAACAUGAUCAACAACGAAGACGAUCGGACAAGCUCGACCGGGGAAGAAACAGUCACUGUUGCUGCUGAACAAGAAAUAGCGAUAACGAAGUCUUUUGGUAGGGAAGAGGCAAUGAUCGAUCUGGGCAGCGAAGAGUCUUGGCGCAGAUAUGAAACAUUCGAUGAUAUUGAAAUGAUUCCAGCAGAUUUAUGUGUAACACCAACAAAAGAACCUAAAAGUGUUAAUGCAACAGCCAACACAGACAGUAUCCGGGACGUUGAUCCUGAUUGGAAAGACGAGAAGGUUCAGCAUGAUUCAUCUGCGGAGGAAGUUGUAUGUCACAGACCAACUGACACUAAGACGGAUUCGGAAAUCGUCCAGUCAAAUGCUUUCUCCAAUGUUAUGUUGCGAUCAACUGAUGUAGAAUCAAAGACGGUUCUUGCUCCACAAUCAAUCGAUGCAGACGAGAAGGACCAUCACUCAAAGGACAUAUGUGGUGAACUGGCCAGUAUUGAAUCAAACGAUGUUGAGUCUUUAUCUCCCGAAAGUAAGUGCUUAGAAGAAGAUGCUUUGGAUAAUGUUGAUUGUCGUAAUGAAAGUGAACAGGAAUCACCGGUUGGUGAUGUACCGUUAAAGUAUGAACCUGGUAACUCUCCGGAAGUUACUGAAAUUUCUGCACGACUGGUCACGAGGAAUGCAUGUUCUCCUUUGAAAAGUGAGUUUUAUCCAGAGCAUAUCGAUCUGACUGCCAGUGAUCCAGAGCUAGAUCAAGCUGGAACAACACAAAACAAUGAUCAGAUUGAAACGAUCAGCGCAAUGGAUGAUACAGAAGAAGGCUCAGCUAACAAAAGAACUUCCGAAGAGGAACUUCCAUCAGAACAUCCUGAAAUUAGUACCGAUGUUUUACCCAUGGAUCAAGACGAAAGAUCUUCCAAUUUCAUCCCUCAGCCGUUGGAUGAACAUGCUCUGAACGAAAAAGACGAUCCCAACGAGCAGAUGAACGAUACGAAUAGAAAGGAGGAUUCGAUGUCAAUUGAGUCCGACAACUUUGCUGGACCUUCUACAAAAGAUUUUCCAAGUAACAGAAACGAUAUCCAGGAACACAUUGAACAAAGUACAGCUUGUGCAAAGGAUGUUGCAAUGUCAAGUAAAUGUGACACCUUAAUUCAACCUUCCACAGAAAGAAACAAUCCUGAAACCCUGCAGUGUAUAGCAACGAGUACAGAGUGUGCCCCACAGCAAUCGUCACAGCUCAAGCCCACACCGCAGCAAAAUAUGGUAAAAGUUGUGCUUAGCAAUAGUGCGCUGUUAGAACUGUACGAAGCAGCCCCAAGAUUCGCCGAAGUUUAUCCGCCAGCACUGAAGUUGAUAGCGCCGAUCAAAUAUCAACUGCCGACACAAGUGGCUGCCAAAACAGCCGAACCCGUUAUUGAUCUAACGGAAGAUGAAGUCCCCAAAAACGAUAAGACUGAUGUGGUUAACCAGGAGGAGCAGAAUUCUGCACAACCUCCAGUAACAGUGCAUACGCCGGCCUCUAAACCGAUGCAGAUGCCAUCCGCAUUGCUGCUCACUGCACCGAUGCACUGUAAUGCGCUCAAAGUCACCCCCGCACCAAACGGUGCUGGUCAUAUUGUUCCACCAACACCAACCGCUGGCGUGGGAAUGACUCCAUCGUUCAUACCUUUUCAAGCUGCCCUUACACCGAACGCGACCGGUGUGGCCGCGUACAUGCUAAAGAACAAUAGCUUCAUCAGCACGCAGGCAAGAUUCCCGAACCUGUUAGGUUUCCCUACCGGAAUGGGUACCAACUUAGUGCUGCUGACAAGCCCACUGAAAAGUCAAAUUGUACCCGAUAACGUGCCGACGUCUGCUUGCUCUUCAACGACUGCCACUCCAACCACACCCGCAAAAUCCUUCCGACUUGAGUCAGACGAACAGACGGACGACGAUGACGAGAGCCGAGUGAAGAAGCGGCGCUCUAAGCGUCUCGAGUCCGUGCGUUUGCAUAAGCAGCUCGCAACACCGGAAAAGACGGACUCCGAUACGGAUACUACGAUCGAUCAGUCACCACGGGAACGGCGAAGAAGCAAUCGCUCCAGCCGGUCCCUGGAUGGGGCAAACGAAAGUGACGAAAUGGGUGAAAGUAGUUGUGGUGGUGGUGGACGGUCACGUAGUUUCCGCAUUCGCCGGAAGCCGGAGUUUUUGAACAUUAAGCAUCCAGAGAAGAAGAAGAAACGGUCGAAUGACGAAUCGUCAGAGACGGCCACGUGCUCGAAGCCUGCGGCGAGCGAACAUGUAACAACGACAGCGGCGACAACUUCCACCACGGCUGGCCGGUUAUUUACGAUAGCUGCCCCAGUAGGCUAUUUCCAGGCUCCAUUCGCCACAACAAUUGGGACGAGCUCAAAUGCUGCAAUUAUUUCGCAACAGGAAAAGUACAAACGUAUCCUAACGUACUACAAGACCGCGAUCCAGCAACACCAACAACAGACCAGCACCGCGAACGCCGCCUUGCCACAAUGGUACGACGUGAACUACGCCUACUCUGGUCUGCACAGCAUUAUUCAUCCACCGCCGCCGGACGUGAACCUGUGGGGCUGUGGCUCGACUUUGAAGCUGGAACCACAGCAACCGCUGGAAAUCGAGUGUAAAUUUUGCUUCGAAAACUAUUCCCAACACAGCUGCCAAUUCUAUCCCCCGCAGCCGGCAGAGUUCACGGUCAAAUCAUACCGCCGCGGCAAGACGGUGGUCUGCGAAUGUUGUGAUUUUUCUGACGGUGAAAGCGAAAAAUAUCAGCCAGACAUGCCGGAAGCAGCAGCGUCCCUAGCAUCGACAUCGAAAGCCCCUGCCGGUGACGGUGGUGGGACCAUUUCCUCCUCUUCUACCGUUGAGCGAACCGAUUUGCAAGAACAAAAACGACGUCCGCUGGCAGACGAAAGAUCGAAGGAGGCGGACGCUAGAGUGACCAAGCGAGCGAAGUGUGAGUCGGAGUCGGCAGUGGGCGAUAGUGCGUCACCGUCCAGUGUCACUAAAAAUGGAACCAAUGGUGCUGUGCAUAGGCCCAAGGUCAAACCGGGCUGGUACGGGAAGGGCUACCGGAAGCACCUGCGGCGCAAGAAGCGCACAAGUCAAGGGUGAGAAGUUGAGCCAGGUAGUAAGUAAAUUUACGUUUAGUUUGUGUGUUUGUCCUUGCUCUUCGACAAGGGCAGGGAAAGUAGUUUGCUGUAAUUAUUUCCUCAAGGUUAGCGUGCUCUUCAGCUCUAUGGAACGAAAGAUAGAAAUAGGAAGGUGCCUUGAGUUAAGUGAUAAGGGCCAACUUAAACCUGGAUUGUACAGUUUUUCUUGCUUAAUCUUGGUGUAUGUUUAUUUUACACCACAGUGUAUGUGUGUGAAAUCUACAUUUGUAACAUUUUCCUUUGAAUGUUCCUUUUUUCAUAAGAAUUAUCGAUCGAUCGAUUUCUGUACAUACUUGCUUCGUAAGUGACGAUACUCAAGCUCAUCCUACUCCUUCAUCGAUUCCCUCGCGGAAAAAUUAUGACGUAAAGAGAAAUAGAUUUGUAGUCCAGCAGCACACAGGACAGCGGUUGAAACGUUUAAUUAAUUACAUAAACGUGCGACCUGUUUUGUUUGUUUGUUUUUUACCUCCAAGCGUUAAAAGCGAUCUCAACAUAUUGCCCUGUAAAAUAGUUUUCAAUCUUUCAUGCGUGUAUUUUAAAGCUGCUGCAUAAGCUAUAUUCCAUCUUCCACAUUUUGAAUUGAAACGUUCGGAUCCCAUCUUACACGUGUUGAAAAUUAGAAUGAAAAAAAAAACGACAGCAGUGGGAGCAAAGUUUUGAUCAGUUCUAUUUAUUUCUCUGCAUUUAUGCUCCGGCGAUGUUCAGUCGUCAGUGUUUUGAAGGAAUUCGGAAGUUUCAAUGUAGACAAGCUAGCAGUGGUGAGAACUAAGGUAAGAGUAAAAUCAGCCAAUUGGCCAUGCUGUGGUGGUGAUGUGCAAGUGGUACGAAUAAAAACCAACUCCAUUCAAAGUGCAACUUGAUUAAGUCAUACCAUAUUCC